AUUUGUCUCUUACCUUAGAAUUCUCUGCUAAAACCCUAGAGAGAAAGCUUGCGUUUGUUUUCAACGUUUUCUGCGCAGAGAAAGAGAAAUGGGGAAGAAGCGAAAGCACAGCGAGACUGAAGCUACGGCACCGGUGAAGAAGAACGAUGAGCCUGCUCCGGAGAGACCCAAAAGAACUUUAUUGGGAUGGAAAGACAAGAGCGAAGAUGCAGAGAAAUCUGAACCUUCUUCAUCAUCUAGAUUCAGGAAUAAAGAGAAAGUUCUCGUCACUUGUUCCCGUCGAAUCAAUUUCAGGUAUCGGCAUUUGAUGUUGAAUAUGGUGUCACUUCUUCCACAUUGUAAGAAGGACAGUAAAGUGGAAGCUAAGAGUAGUAAAGGCGCGACUUUGAAUGAGCUCGUUGAGCUCAAAGGAUCUUCUUCCUGUUUGUUUUUCGAGUGUAGGAAACAUAAAGAUCUUUACCUAUGGAUGGUCAAAUCUCCAGGUGGACCGUCUGUGAAGUUCUUGGUUAAUGCCGUGCACACGAUGGAAGAACUGAAACUCACUGGAAAUCAUCUAAAAGGGUCACGCCCGCUUUUGACAUUCUCGUCCAAUUUUGACAAAGAUGUGCACUGGAAACUCUUGAAGGAGAUGCUUACUCAGAUAUUUGGAAUUCCUAAGGAACACAGGAAAUCUAAGCCUUACCAUGAUCAUGUAUUCGUUUUCUCCAUCGUCGAUGACCAUAUAUGGUUCCGAAAUUACCAGAUUUCGGUUCCUCACAAUGAAUCAGAUAAAAUUGCAAGAGGUGGCCUGGACAAAAUGACCCUUAUCGAGGUUGGUCCACGGUUCUGUCUGAAUCCAAUCAAGAUAUUCGGAGGCAGCUUUGGAGGACCAACACUAUAUGAGAACCCGUUCUACGUAUCUCCAAACCAGAUUCGAGCGCUGGAGAAAAGAAAUAAAGCCGGGAAAUUUGCAAAGAAGAUCAAAGCAAAGACAAGGAGAAAGAUGCAUGAGCUCUCAAACCCAUUGGAGCCUGAUGAGUUUGCAGAUAUGUGGAAAGAUGAAUGAUCAGAUUCUGUCUUGUCUUACUGUUAUUUCAGCUUUCCGAUUCUGUUUGCGCACGAUCAAACAUAAUCAAGUUUUGUCUUACAAUGAUAUGUUUCCUUGAAUUGAAACUUGAUUCUGCUAAGUAAAAUAGGAGAGAAAAUGAAGAGCGUUUAUUAUUAUUGUUGGCAUCGUUGAG